GCUGACGCUCGUGCAGCCGCCUGGCUGCUUGGUCGCCGCGUCAUGGGGGCGGCGGUGCGGGCGCGCUACCUCGUGUUCUUCCAAUACGCGGGCACCGACUUCAACGGGGUCGCCGCGGUCCGGGGCGCCCAGCGCGCCGCCGGAGUCCAGAACUACCUGGAGGAGGCCGCCGAGCGGCUGAACUCGGUCGUGCCGGUCAAGUUCACCAUCUCCAGCCGCACGGAUGCCGGUGUCCACGCCCUGAGCAACGCGGCGCACCUGGAUGUCCAGCGCCGCGCGGGCCGGCCGCCUUUCACCCCCGAGGUGCUCACGCAGGCCCUCAACACCCACCUGCGGCACCCAGCCAUCCGGGUGCUGCAGGCCUUCCGCGUGCCUGGCGACUUCCACGCGCGCUACGCGGCCACGUCCAGGACCUACCUGUACCGCCUGGUCACGGGCUGCCGCCAGUGGAGCCAGUUGCCCGUGUUUGAGAGGAACCGGUGCUGGGCGCUUCGGGCAGACAGCCUGGACCUGGCGGCCAUGCAGGAGGCUGCGCAACACCUAGUGGGGACCCACGACUUCAGCGCCUUCCAGUCGGCCGGCAGCCCUUCCCCCAGCGCAGUCCGCACCCUGCGCCUGGCCUGCGUGUCCCCCACCCCUGCUAGUCCCUUCCUUCUGCCCCAGGAGAGCAGGAGGCUGCAGUUCUGGAGUGUGGAGUUUGAGAGCCAGUCCUUCCUGUACAGACAGGUGCGGAGGAUGACCGCUGUGCUGGUGGCCGUGGGGCUGGGGGCUCUGACACCAGCACAGGUGAAGGCCAUACUGGAGAGCCGGGACCCCCUAGGCAAGCAGCAGGCACGUGUUGCUCCAGCCCAUGGCCUGUUCCUCAAGUCAGUGCUCUACAGGGACAUUGGUGCAGUCUCAGGAUACCCAGGGAUCCUGGGGUCAUCUGCCAUGUGAGGGGCCGCACACAGCAGCCAGCCACUGACAGCCACACAGCCUGGGCCACGCUCGGCCUCCCUCUGCCCAGUCCUGAGCACUGGGGGUAACUGGGUGGGCCAGCGUGGAAACGGUGCAAAGAACUACAAGCCGCCUUUG